AGCAGCGGCUGCGACUUCAGUCAGCUGACGCACCUCACCAACGCCAGACCUCGCCAAGAGAUACUACACACCCUAACACGCAACUCCAAAAUCCCCCCACACACACACGACCAUUCCAAACAUUCAUUCAAACAGUACCGAACAAGACGUAACCGUGCGAAGUUCCUCCAGAGUGUGAUACCUUCUUAAUUUGUACUUCGAAACGCCUGAAAGAGAGGAAUCAGCAGAUAUGGCCACCUACGCCGCCUACAGACACAUCGAACUCGACAAAGUCGGCUACAGCAAGAAGCGCGUCCGUAAUCCACCCAGCGACAUUGUGAAUGUAAUGUCCACUCCGCCCAACAACAACAAGAGCGUUGUGGACGGCACACCCCGUCGUAGAUCCACCACCAGCAAUGAUUCUUUCAACCGUCUGUUCGGAGACAGCCCUGCCCAAGCCCACACCCCACGCAGAGCAUCGCUCACCAAACAUGAUGUGACAAAUCGCAACCCUGUGACCGGAGACGGAGUUCAAUCUUGGGAUAGAAGACCGGCCAGUCGCAACACACCAAAAAGCCAUUCAGAGAGGAAUCCAGUUACUGGCGAAGUAUACACUAUCGUCAGUCCGGUCAGCACGCCGACCAAGGCUCUGACCAACGGCUUUCCAAAGAUUGCCGUCGUCACUAAUGGUAACGCGGAACUACCAAGCGGACCCACCACCAACGGUCAAGCCUAAUUUGAAGGAAGGAGCAGAAAAACAAUAAGAUGGAUGUCCGAUUUUGGAUCACUUACUUUAUAUUUCUCAUAAUUACGACUGUUAACCUUGUACUUCUCUUACUUACAUUUGCUUGGUUAAACAUGCCAGAAAUAUCGGUAUAUUCAUGAGAUUCAUCAAGUGUACACACAUACAGUUUAACACAUUAGCGCCCAUCUGUCUCUUUCUCUAAACAAUUGCGAUAGCGAACGAAAAGCCUUAACUAUGAAGAUGAAAAUUGUAACGACAUGAAAAUAAAAACUACAUUAAAGCAACAACAUAUUUUAGUUUGUUAGUACAUAUUUAUAAAUAUAUACAUUUGUUAAUCUUAGAGUUUAUAUAGACUUAUUCGAUUUUUAAUUUGAUUUUUUUUUAUUAGUGAUUAAUAAAUCAUGUUUUAUACUG